CAGGCGACGGCGAGAGGAGGUGACAGCAGUCGUGCGAGAGGUGGCGCCGCGGCUAUCGCUAACAUGGAGAACUGGUCGUGUCACGUGACCUUACUGUUUGCAAUGAUCAGCGCCGUAACACCAAUCGAGUUUUUGGACCGGUCUGUACGCUGCAGUGGUGAGGACCAACAGUGCACACCAAUCCUCGACUGCACCGCCUACAAGACAAGAGCGGACAUCCUGAACAAGCCACCGACGCCCUGUGGCUUUUCGGGCCGGACGCCGCUCAUCUGUUGCGAGUCUAUUGAAGCCACCACGUUGAAGCGUGUAAACCCGGAACAGCUGCUGCUGGGGGAAUGCGGAAACCCUAACAGAACAAUCACCGUCUUUAUCCGUUUCCGCCGUGACACGACAGUCAUUGAAAAACCUGACCCACUUCCAGAAAACACGGAUUUCUUAGGCCCUGGGACCAUCCAACAAGCUAUCGGUGGUUUUGACGCCAUACUCGAUAAGUGGCCGUGGAUGGUGCUGUUCGGCCGGCGGACGGACGCCGGCAAGCAGGAGUGGUUCUGCGGCGGCGUCCUCAUCACCGACCGACACGUGCUCACGGCCACCCACUGCAUGCGGUCAGAGCAGGUCGCCACCGUGGUCGCCCGCAUCGGCGAUCAUGAUCUCACCACCUUCGACGACGUCAUUCAUCAGGAGCGUAACAUCACCAGCAUCGUGCGGCACCCGCAGUACCACGCCUCGCAGAACGACCUGGCGGUGGUGCGGCUGCAGUCGCCGGUGCAGCUGACGGACGCCGUGCGGCCCAUCUGCCUGCCGCCAGCCGGCUCCCAGCACCACGGCCAGGAUAUCGAGAUGGCCGGCUGGGGCCUGGUCGAGUUCGGCGGCGAGACGGCCGACGUGCUGCAGGAGGUGCCGCUGCGCGUGGUCGACGAGGACGCCUGUGAAGACGCCUACCGCCAGGCGCCCGCGUUCAACAUGACAUUUCCCGGCGGCUUUCAGGGCACCAAGAUCUGCGCGGGCAGCCGCGACGACAAGCCACGGGACGCGUGUCGGGGAGACUCGGGGGGUCCGCUGAUGGUCCAGCUUCCCGACGGCUCCUACCAGCUCACUGGCAUCGUCUCCACCGACGUCGGUUGUGGCAACCCCGAUUUUCCCGGCAUGUACACCAAGGUGUCCUCCUACAUUGACUGGAUCCUCGUCUUACUGAGUAGUGUGCCACUACUGGCUGUGGCAUUGUGUGCUAAGCCUUUAUCUUUUUGGUGCACCAAUGUGUCGAACCGUAUGCCCAGGGUCUACUUGAUGGUGUAAACAACAUACUGGUGAUUGCCGACAUACUGGUGGUUGUGUAGAAUUCGAAAUGACUCAAACCUGGCCGAUAUCAAGCUUGCUUCAACUU